AUGGUUCGUAUAGGUUUUAUUGAAAGAUAUGGAUGGCGCCUGAAACACACGAUUUAUGAUGGUUGUCUUCGUACUACGCUGGAGCGUGCGAGCGCGUUUUAUGGUGGUUGGACCACGCAGAGCUAUCAUUCGAUGUUCGGGACCAUAGUAGUAUGGGCCAGUAUUGGACGGCGCGUCGCGCAGACCACCCGUAAAUAUGGGCCGUCGGCGCUUGAUGCUUUACGCAAUUGUGGCGCUACUGGAAAGAAAGCAUUGAGCCAGGCACCACGCAUGUCGCCAAUGAAUAUGGGCCUUCGGUGCUUGAUGCCUUACGCGAUUGUGAGGCUGCCUGAAAGGAAGUGUCAGGCAAGGCAUCGCGAAGGCGUUAAGUAUGGGCCUUCGGUGCCUGAUGCCUUACGUGAUUAUGGAUCUACUGGAAAGGAGUCGCGAUCAUGCGGAAGACGUGCAGGAGUCGGCGAUCAGUGGCGCGCAAUCCUGGCCAGCUGCAACAAGAAGAUGAGCUGA